CGGAUGUUGUGUUUAUGUCCCGUUAUGUCCCGUUAUGUACGUGCUAGCGUGAGCUACUGAGCAACAGAAGCUAUCUGUAAUCUGACAUGUCCACAGCGUUAAGGAGCAGCCACGGGAGCCGUUUGCGUUUUUAACCUGCACAACAAAAACGUGUGUGCUGUGUGGAGCUGUGUGAGAUGAAAUGACAACGUCAACAUUACAGAAAGCAAUUGAUCUCGUAACCAAAGCGACUGAGGAGGACAAAGCAAAGAACUAUGAGGAGGCCCUGCGUUUGUACCAGCACUCUGUGGAGUACUUCCUACAUGCCAUCAAAUAUGAGGCCCACAGUGACAAGGCAAAAGAAAGCAUCCGGGCCAAGUGUAUGCAGUACCUGGACCGAGCUGAAAAACUCAAAGACUACCUGAAGAACAAAGAUAAACAAGGCAAGAAACCAGUGAAGGAAGCGCAGAGCAAUGACAAGAGCGACAGUGACAGUGAAGGAGAAAACCCAGAGAAGAAAAAGCUCCAGGAGCAGUUAAUGGGUGCUAUUGUCAUGGAGAAGCCCAAUGUGCGGUGGAGUGAUGUGGCCGGGCUGGAGGGAGCUAAAGAAGCUUUGAAGGAGGCUGUUAUCCUGCCCAUUAAAUUCCCACAUCUGUUCACAGGGAAGCGGACUCCAUGGAGGGGCAUCCUACUCUUUGGACCCCCAGGGACAGGAAAGUCCUACCUUGCCAAGGCAGUGGCCACUGAAGCCAACAACUCCACCUUCUUCUCAGUGUCCUCUUCAGAUCUGAUGUCUAAGUGGCUGGGAGAGAGUGAAAAACUGGUGAAGAAUCUGUUUGACUUGGCACGGCAGCACAAGCCUUCCAUCAUCUUCAUUGACGAGGUGGACUCACUGUGCGGCUCCAGAAACGAGAACGAGAGUGAGGCGGCGCGACGCAUCAAGACUGAGUUUCUGGUGCAAAUGCAGGGUGUGGGCAACAAUAAUGAUGGCAUCCUGGUGCUGGGAGCCACCAACAUCCCCUGGGUCCUGGACGCAGCCAUACGCAGAAGAUUUGAGAAAAGGAUCUACAUCCCGCUGCCAGAGGAGCCGGCACGAGCACACAUGUUCCGGCUGCACCUGGGGAACACGCCUCAUAGCCUGAGUGAUGCAGAUCUGAGGCAGCUCGCCCACAAGACCGAUGGCUACUCAGGGGCUGACAUCAGCAUCAUCGUACGGGAUGCUCUCAUGCAGCCUGUGCGCAAAGUGCAGUCUGCCACACACUUCAAGAAGGUGUGUGGUCCUUCCCGAAGUAACAACCAGGUCAUGGUGGAUGACCUCUUGACCCCUUGCUCCCCUGGUGACCCUGCUGCCAUAGAGAUGACCUGGAUGGAUGUGCCUAGUGAUAAGCUUCUGGAGCCUAUAGUGUGCAUGUCGGACAUGCUGCGCUCUCUGUCCACCACUCGGCCCACAGUCAACACUGAAGACCUGCUCAAAGUCAAGAAGUUCACUGAGGACUUUGGCAUGGAGGGCUGACACAGCUGCUCUGGAGUCAGGCUGCUCUUUUAUUUAUAAGAUACACACGCUGCCUGCUUCUUCGCUAAGUGGAUGUCUAGGCUUAUUGUGCAAACGCCACAAUAAAACAGCACAGAGUCCCGGCAUUUCAGUUCAGCCUCUGCUAUGCCGGAAGCCCUCCGCAUCUCCAUGAGCCUGUCCAUCUCAGAACUACAAACUUUUUUUCUGUUGCCAUGGUGAUGUAUUCUUUGCAACAUUUCAAAAGGUGUAAUUGCGUUUGCGUUUCUUGUGUCUUAAUGUUUUUGGAGUGUCCCUCGGAGCAGCGGACUCACCUAAGAUGGUUUGGAUUGCAGCGAGCCUGAAGACAACACUCAGGGAUGGAGCCCCUCGAGCUGUGUUCUGUUCAAACUACGUGAUCCGAGCUGAAGCCCUUGAAACAGGAGAUGUUAAGUGUGAUGUCACUUCUGAGUCCAUCAGCAGAUUGAAAACGAUGCUUGCACUCACUUUUUUAGCAACAACACAUUAAAGAAGCGGUAUUAUGCAAUUUUAAAUUUUUUUUUUUUACUUUGUACCAUGUUACAAUAUUGUUCCCUCAUCAAAAACAUACUGAAGAGGUUUUAAAUGUCAUCCAUGCAUGUUUGAGUAUUUAGUGAUCUCUCCGGGUCUAUUCGAACCCUCCUUACGGUUAGCUGUAAGAUUCUGUGCAAUGCUCAGUCCACACACCUUUGUUACUUAUGAUCCCACACGAUAGUUCUUCAUCCACAAGAACUUCUCAAACCUCAGGCCAUGUGCAGUAGUUUCCUUAGCGGUACAUUCCUUAGAGGAAACUUCUGCACACAUAGCAUUUUCAAAAUAUUAAAAUGUAACAUGGUGAUCUAAAUAUGUUAUUGUUAGCAGUUAAUACCCCCAAUACUCCCUCUUUAAAAAAAAGAUUGCAGUUGUUUUACAAGGUUAUAGAUCUGUAGAUAACUGUAACUGUGACAGAAAGUGUAACAGGGCAGUUGAGAUAAGGAGGUGUGUAUCUUAUUAACUCACAGUCACCUAUAACUGUUGGUUAAUGAGAUACACCCGUUGGUAAUCUUAUGUUAUGAUAAAUUAUUACUCCAUUAUUUGCAUAUUUGAUCCAGUUUGUGGUUUAACAUAAACUUUUGAAAGGUAACUGGCUCUUGUUUGAUGAAUAAAGAACAAAAACAAAGCUUGUAAUGAGCUGCGAAGUUUCUAAUUGGACCCAGAAGUGACAUCAUCGCUUAACAAAUCAAAGGAUCUCAACAGUGAACGCUUGCUCCCUGAUUGCUGAAGUAAAUGUCUCAUUCAUUUUUCCCAUAGACUUUUAGAAAAAAAAAUAUUAAAAGAUUGUAAGCUUGCUCAGAGUAAAUCAAUUAUGUGGUAGCUAACAAUCACAAGAUCUUAUUAUUUGAAAUUUCUUUCUGAAACUUUAUAAAUACCGUAUUUUCCAGGCUGUUAGACGCCCUCUUAAACCUCCAACCCCAUCAAAAAACGAUUGCGUGCCCCGCAAUCCAGAGCGCCCUAUACACGAAUCCACUCUAGUGUCCCAGCACGACUUCAGUAAACUACAAAGCCGCAGCGCACGCAAACAGGCACGGAGCAGACAGCGACCGCGCAGUCUAUGGGAAAAAUAAAUGCACUUUCGGAUCCUGAGUGGGCAGUCAGUGUUUAACUCCACAUAAUUCUCUCAUUACUCAUUUAUAAUUCAGUGAAGUAUUAUUAGUUAAAUCCACAAUAGUUUGAUUAAUCUGUCUGUCUCAGUUUCCCACCAUGUGUUACUAAACAAUGACUGUGUUGAUAAUAUUGUAUAUAAGAAGACUUUUGGCCUGUUGAUGGAAAAGCGCACGAUCGAAACUCCUAAAUAUGUUCCCUGUUUUAUGUGACGUGUGAUGAGAUUGAAGAAUGCUCUGUACAUGACUGACUCGGACACUGUUUACAUUCACUACCAUGUUUGUGUGCACACUACAUUAUUGUGGUAGUAUUAGUCCUGUUUUGGAUCCAUCCCUCUCUACACUAAUUUAAGAUGAAUAAAUGACAGCAGGUGUGUGCCUGUGUGUGAACUGUG